GAGCCGAGCCGCGCCCGGAGGAACCGUCCGAGCCGGACUGUGGGUCGAAGAGGAGGAGGAGGAGGAGGAGGGAAGUGGUUUCAAACUUUAUCCGGAGGCCUUGAUUCGGAUGCUGUCGAGCCGGAGCUGACUCCCUGGAGCGCGCUGCGCCAACCUGUGCGCACUUGCCCGCAGCCAGGAGAGGGGGAGUGGAGUGUGAGAAGGAGGCACACCUUUACCUUUCAUGGUUCUCCCCCACCCCCUCUCUCUCUCGCUCUCUCUCUCUCUCACUCUCCCUCCCUCCUCCUUCUCUCUCCCUCUCCCUGGAAGCGGAGGAAUAAUCGAUCUGACAUGUCGGCCAUCGACAGAGCCACCCGCGCGCUGCGGGAGAUCCUGCACAACCCUGGAAAUGACGCCUGCGCGGACUGUGGCGCGCCAGAUCCUGACUGGGGCUCCUGCUCUCUGGGCGUGUUCAUCUGCCUGGCCUGCUCCGGGAUCCACCGCAACAUCCCCGACAUCAGCAAAGUCAAGUCCCUGAGCCUGUCGCACUGGGAGGACCACGAGAUGCAGUUCAUGGCUGAGAACGGUAAUGAGCUGAUGAAGAGUAAAUACGAGGCUGCUGUUCCCGUCUACUACUACAAACCAACGCACAAAGACUGUCAGGUGUUGCGGGAGCAGUGGAUAAGAGCAAAGUACGAGAGGAAAGAGUUUUGCGAGCCGGGAAAGAGUUUCAUUUAUGAGGAAGGAACUAGAGACGGCCUGUUGAUGAAGAGGGGGCGGGACAACGGGCAGUUCUUCAGCAGGCGAUUCGUCCUCUCAGAGCGGGAGGGGACUCUGAAGUACUUAACUAAAUAUGAUGCUAAGGAGCCCAAAGCCGUGAUCAAGGUGGACAGCAUCAACGCCAUCUUCCAGCCAGAGAAGAUCGGAAACCCCCACGGCCUCCAGAUCACGUACCUGAAAGACUACAGCACCCGCAACAUGUUCAUCUACCACGAAAACGGCAAGGAGAUCGUUGACUGGUACAACACGAUCCGUGCAGUUCAGCUUCACUACCUGAAGGUGGCCUUUCCUGGGGCGACAGACGCUGAGCUUGUUCCCAAACUAACCCGCAACUUCCUGAAGGAGGGAUACAUGGAGAAAACAGGACCCAGGCAAACAGAAGGUUUCAAGAAGCGCUGGUUCACUCUGGACCACAGACGGCUCAUGUACUUCAAAGAUCCACUGGACGCCUUUGCCAAAGGCGAGGUCUUCCUGGGGCACAGGGACCACGGUUACAACGUGUCCACCGGCUUGCCCGCCGGCACCCACUGCAACGGCGCCUGGCAGCACGGCAUCACCAUCCAGACGCCCGACCGCUACUUCCUGUUCACCUGCGAGAUGGAGAGCGACCAGCUGGAGUGGGUGAAGCACUUCAACAACGUCAUGAGCGUGCCCAUGUCGCCCCAGGAGUACACAAUGGAGGCCAUGUUCAAACACAGACCCUGAGGGAGCCGAGGCCUGCUGGACGUCUCCUCUCUGUCCUUCACCGAUCUGACUCUGGACCCACAUCAGCUCUGGCUCCCUCUGUAGUUUGGGGGGGGGGAACUUGAGUGUCGUCACCUACAUGGUCAGGGAUGCAAAUAAGGACCAAAUGCAGCAUUCAUUGGUGGAAUUAAGAAAUAUAAAGAAAUAUGAAUAAUGAUAAUAAUUUGAAUUAGUUGCAAACGAUCACUUUCCAUUCACACAAAUAUCAUCUUGGAGUUUAUGUUCCUGAUGUUUGGAUUAUUAGACGACACUCAUGCAAACCAACUCUGUGAACUAUGUGGAUUUAAUUUGUAUCAUGUUAAAUAUAUUUUAGUGUUUAGAUUUAAGAUUUGAGAAAAAGUUGUAGUUAAGGUGAGAAGAGCCUUGAUGCUUUUCGUGAGAUGCUUUUUAUACAGAUGUGAAAUGAUGAUAGACUGCGAAUAAAGAUGGACGACACAACGGCUCCCCAAAAGUGAAGCCAUUUCAUCUUGAUCGCCCCCUGGUGGCUGGCUGCAGUAUAUGACAUAAACCCCACCUCCUCCGUGUUAGCAGAUUGGACAUGGGCCAAACUAAAAAGUCAAAGUACAUGUGAAAUAUGUAACAUGUGAUAUAUAAAGAUAGUUUCUGCCAUCUUCAGCCCCCCCCUCCCCCUGCGGCCUCAUCCCCUGACCUUCUGGUUAGUGGGCGACCCGCUGUGACCCUCGGCCGCUGCUGCUGUGCUCAAUGGCAGCGUUUGAACCCGGGAUGUUUGGGCUUCAUUUCCAGACCCUGGGAGGAGGUGGAGAUGUGUCCUCCAUCUUUAUUAACAGUCUUUGCUUUAAUAAGUUACUCAGAGUCUAAUUGAGUCUGUGGUGGAUUCAGAUUUUUUUUUAAUUUCUCUUUUUUUAAAUAAACAUUUAACACAAACACUGUUUCAAUCCAUAAAGUCAAAACUGGUUUGUUAUUAUCCAAACUGGAACCUGUGUUUUUGUGUUUUCCAUCUUGUUCUGAUUUAUUUAACCUGUUAAAGAAACAUCACCUUUAAUCAGAUGUGUGGGAUAAGCCAAUAGAUGGUGUAACAGCGCCUCCCUGUGGCAGACUCUAUGAAAACAAACUAGUUAGUUAUUUUACUUUGUUUUUAUAGAUAUCAAACAACCAGUUGUCACGUCUUGUUGGUUUUGUUUUUAUUUCUAACUCACAUUUUGUGAUUUGGUGCCACGUUACUUUAAAGACAUUUCUGUGCUUGGCCACGUCACACAUGAAUUUAUUGAGCAUGAAUAAAAAAUGAUUUUACACUGGUGA